AUGAAAUCCCGGACGAGUAGUUUGAGAGGAAGUUCUGAAAUCACAGCGAGCAGUUCAGCAGAAUAUAGCGAGAGUGAUGAUGAUAGUGAUCGACAUUCAACAACACCAUCAGUUGAAGCAAAAUCAAAGGAUGGAGAAAAUCAAAGUAGGAAGAGAUAUAAAGAAUUGAAACGAAGGAAAUCCGAGUGUUCUGAUGAUGACCGUUUACCUGCGAAAUUUCAUCGAAAAAAUGACGAGUAUUCCGAAAGACAAAAUUCGCCACCUAACCAUAGACAUCGGAUUCAUCAAUCGCGUCUUUCGCGAUCGCCGAAAGUUCAAGAUAGAGAUAGGAGACGAACUAUAAAACGGAAUGAGGGAUAUAAGAGGCGAAGCCGUUCUAGAGAAGAUUAUAAGAGAAGAAGCCGUUCACGGUCUCGUGAACGGUGCUAUAUGUCUAAAUCUCGGAAAAUGAUAAGAUCACACUCGCCAACUUGCAUAGAAUCUACGGAUAUCAAAAAAGAAUUCAACGGAAACGAAGGCUGUGAUCACCAGGAACUGGAUUCACUGAAGAAAAAUGCUCGGGAAGAUGCUAUUUGGGCAGAGCGUCGCAAGGAACGCGAACGGCGUGGUGAGUGGGGCGUACGCAGUGUCUGGGGACGUUCUCCUCUCAUACGUGAAAUACAUGAAGUGUAUGAGGAAUAUGAAAGAUUGGAGAAAGAGCUUCGAGAGGAGGAGGAGCAGUUACCUCAACCUUUGAGUGUUAAGGUUACUGAAAUGAUAAAAAGAUCGAAAAAGGAAGAGAAAGGAAGUAAAAAGAAACAGAAAGAAAAAAAGAGACACAAGAAGAAGCAUAAGAAAUUAUCGAGUGAGAGCGAGGAAGAAUGGAUUGAAGUGACAGCCGAAAUGCGAGAAGCUGAAGCAGCUCGAGAGAAAUUAGAAGAAGCUGCAAUGAUUGGACCUGCAAUACCUGAUCAUCUCCAACAGAAACACGCUGCUUUAAUUGAUACUAUGAAAAGAAUAAAUUACGGAAAGGACAUGUUACGGGGAGAAGCGGCAGCAAUGGCUUCAUAUAUUGCACAAGGAAAGCGAAUACCUCGACGUGGUGAAAUAGGUCUUUCGUCGGCGGAAAUUUCAGAAUAUGAAAAAAUUGGUUAUGUGAUGAGCGGCACAAGGCAUAAGAGUAUGGAAGCUACCCGUUUGAGAAAAGAAAACCAAGUUAUGACAGCUGAAGAGAAACGACUUUUGAGCGGUUUUACUCAUGAUGAACGAAAGAAAAAAGAAGAAAUCGUGUUACAGCAAUUCAAAAGUUUUAUAGAAUCGAAGAAGGGAAAAAAUUAA